AUGCAAUUAGCGUCAUCGUCCUGCUCCUUCUCCAACUCAACGUUUCAACGUUCCAAAAGUGGAAAGCUGGGAUUCAACAACCGAACGGCUGAAACUCGACAAGCCCACUUGUUCGGAACUUUGCACCGACCAAACCAACAUUACACCAAACCAGUCCCGACAGUACCCGCAACACCGCCUUUAUCUUUGUCAGGACAGCGUCGCAAUGUUGAUAUCCGCCUCGACACACCGGUUGUGAAAGUAGCCGGCGGUACUCUACCCUCUCACCAUCGUCUGCGCAUCGGCACAGUCAACGGCCUCCAUCGUCGCCUAGGUGGCGAGGCAGCUGCUGGUGCGGAUACCCGUCCCGAUUACUUUGUCGACCCGCAAGUAGACACCCAACUCAACGAUCCCGACGCCCAAGACACGGAACCACAACCAUUCGAAACCUUUCCUCACGUCGUUAACCCACCUGCUCCCACCGGAACCGUUAUAUCCGUCACCAUGACUCCCACAUCGCAACCUACGUCGUCAACAUCACAACCAGCCUCCCCCAUGGCUCAUCAAACAGACAACAACACCGAAUGCCGCCUACUCGGCCCUUUCGCCAUCCUCGUCCAAAUUGCCCUCGGCUGCUUGGCUCUAUUAUCACUAGUCUACAAGCGCUGGCGCGAACGGCCACAAAGACCGGUCAAGAUCUGGUUCUUUGAUGUGUCGAAACAAGUCUUUGGGAGCGUCUUGGUGCACGCCGCCAACGUGUUCAUGUCCAUGUUGACAAGCGGCAAGUUUGAGAUCAAAGUGUUGGAUCCGGUGGCAGUGGCGGUGGGGACCAAGAUGGUGAAGCGCGCUGUGGAAUAUGGGAUAUUGAGUGCGAGAGGAGAAGACGAGUACACGCCCAAUCCGUGCUCGUUUUAUUUGUUGAACUUGGCUAUUGAUACAACCCUCGGCAUCCCAAUCCUCAUCCUCAUCGUCCGCCUCCUCUCCCGCGGCCUCCAAUACACCCCCCUCGGCCAACCGCCCGAAUCCCUCCAAUCCGGCAACUACACCCCCCUCCACUCCCCACCCGGCACCAAACCGCGCUGGAGCUGGUGGUUCAAGCAAUCCAUCAUCUACUUCAUCGGCCUUUUGGGCAUGAAGUUCUGCGUGCUCAUCAUCUUCAUGGUCUUCCCCUGGAUCUCUCGCGUGGGCGACUGGGCCCUCGGCUGGACCGAGGGAAACGAACGACUGCAAAUCAUUUUCGUCAUGAUGCUUUUCCCGCUCAUCAUGAACGCGUUGCAAUACUAUAUCAUUGAUUCGUACAUCAAGAAGGACGAGAAGAUUCCUGAGGAAGGGGCGGAGAGUGAAGGGUUAGUUACGGGACGGGGUGAUGCGGAGGCUGCGGGUGCUGAGCAAAGGGGAAGGGGCAGGGGCAGUAGAGGAGGGGUUUAUGAUAUCAUCAGUGGGAGUGAUGAUGAUGCGGGUAGUUCCAGGGAUGGUGAUAGUGAUGGGGAGGAAGAGGAGGAUGAGGAUGAGGAUGAGCUGCCCAAGGACAAAGCUGCUGAGGUGGUCGGUCAUAAAAAGAGGGGGUUCAAGACCAGGACUAAAGCAGUGAGGGAAGAGGAAUAUGAUCCAGCGGUGGAUGGAGAUACCCCGACCGUCAUCGGGAGUAGCUCCAGUGCGGUGUCGGGAGUGUCGGUGAAGGAUUGA